AUGGUGCUGGCGACUGACGCAGAGGCGUGGAUCCGAAAGGCCACGGUGGAGUCGGAGCAACAGAGGACUGAGGAGGAGCCGAAGCGACCCUCAGCUAUGGUGCAGUGGUUGGAGCUUCCCUCCGUGCUCUCACUGUCCAUAGUGCUCUCCCCCGUGGAGAGCUCUGUAGUCGGCUCUCGCACCUGGUCCGGUCUUCUGUCACGCUAUGGUUUCAGUGUUCGUGCGCUGAAUCGGGUGUUGAAGGAGGAAAUAAUCAACAAGCCUCUGCUAACGCUGAAGUUGGCCAUUCCCUCAGGUAUCUACACCCUGCAGAACAACCUGCUCUAUGUGGCAGCAUCAUUACUCCAGCAUACCUUAUUUACCUUCUCAUUGGUUUUCCAGGUUACGUAUCAGCUGAAAAUUCUCACUACAGCCCUGUUCUCCGUGUCCAUGUUGGGCAAAAGACUCGGCAUUUACCAGUGGCUCUCACUAGUCAUUCUGAUGACUGGAAUUGCACUUGUCCAGUGGCCAGCUGAAGUUGCAUCAAGCACCAAGCAGGAGGAUCUGACUGCCGGCUCUCAGUUGAUGGGUCUGCUGGCUGUGCUUGUGGCCUGCUUCUCCAGCGGAUUUGCUGGCGUGUAUUUUGAAAAGAUCCUCAAAGAGAGCAAGCAGAGUGUCUGGAUCCGUAAUAUUCAGCUAGGUUUAUUUGGACUGAUUUUUGGACUUGGGGGAGUGUUUGCGUACGACGGAGAAAGAGUGCAGGAGAAUGGACUCUUUCAAGGGUACAAUCAUGUGACGUGGACUGUGGUGGCUCUUCAGGCUUUGGGUGGGUUAGUCAUUGCAGCUGUCAUCAAAUAUGCAGAUAACAUCCUGAAGGGCUUUGCCACAUCCAUCUCAAUCAUUCUGUCCACCCUCAUCUCUUAUUUCUUGUUGGAAGAUUUUGACCCUACUAGUGUGUUUUUCCUGGGUGCGAUGCUGGUUAUCGCUGCUACGUUUCUCUACGGGUAUGAGAGCACACCUGCGGUCAACCCUAGUAAAGUAUAGAAGACUGGACAUGAGAUGAUAAACAAUCAUCAGGAGAUGCUCUACUUCAGGUGAAGUUCAGGACAAGAGAACCGGUGAUAUUGUAAGGAUGCUAUUAGAAGGUAGCACACAAAAAAAAAUAUAUUAUAUGACAUCAACACACCAGGAAUCAAACUCCUGCUUCUGACGUAUUAGGUGGCAGGACUGUU